GUAUCACAGCACCGCCUUCUCGUUCGUUACACUGCUGACAAACAAACAUCUCCGAGAGAGAGAGAGAGAUAGAGGAAGAAUGAAGAAUGGAGGAGAGAAGAAGAUAACAGUGGAAGAAUACGUUGAGUUCUGCAACUCUGGGAAUUCCAUCCAUUUCACCAUCGCUUACCUCAAUCAGAUCCUUCAUUUGCAUGGUUUCCGAAAGCUUCACAAAUUACAGAAGAAAAUUGUAGAAGAAGCCGUGGACUCACUGGAUCUUCUAGAUCUCUCUCGCUCAACUCUGAAACAAGUCACUGACUCCUCGCCGUCAUCGUCAUCCCUAACUCUCGACGAAGUGAUAAGCGACAUCGAAGCUCUGAAAUGGCAGGAAUGCUGCUUUACCUCACUCCAGAUCAUCAAUUCCCAGGAAACUACUCCAUCAGAAAUCUCCAAACCGAAACAGAAAUCGAACAAGAGAAAGAAAGCUACUAUGAAGAAAUCUCUCAACACUAAUUUCGGUGAUGAGAAUGACAACACAAUGAUGAUGAUGCUCCCAACGAAAAAGAUGAGAAACAAAAAGACGACGAAGAACCUCAAAAGCAUCUCCACAUUUGUCAAAGACGCUUCAUCAGCAUCCAAACCACUCUCUGCCAACAAUUUAUCAUCAAGGUUUUCUUCUUUUCCAUAA